GACCCGCAUGCUUGCAGUCUGACUAUGCGAAGUCUCCUCAGUAUGUUUUGAAAAUACGACUUCCUAUUUCGCUUCCUUUCUUUUCUUUUCUCGACUUUAAAGACCUCAGCAGCCUAUCAUAGGUGACAUCGCGUAUAUUAGGACUUCCUUAACUUGACAAAGUUUCCGUUUCAAAGCCGGCUCUUGCCUCGUAUGCAGAGAUGUAGUUUUCACUUCAGAGGAAAGUGGAGUUGUAUUUGGAUGAUAAAGGUCUUCAAAUGGGGUUUAAGACUUCUCUUUGAAGUCAUCGGAUCCACCGGAAUGUGUCAUUGGAUAGACUGAAUGAACAUGCCUAUCUCAGAGUAUGAGGAGAGUUUGAACCCGGCAAGAUGGAAGGGGUUGUUCGUGAGUUCUCUUCGCAAGGUCCAACGAGAGGUACACCCUUCAUUGUCGGUUCAAGACGAGGCAUUAGAAUACAUCGAAGGCUUGAUAAUUCAUAUGAUGUAUCAUUUAUGUGCCUGCCAGCCUAGAACAGUAGCAGACGUGGAGGAUAGAGUGACCAAAACAUUCCCGGACCCAAUUGAUAAAUGGGCUAUUUCGGAUGCACAAGACGCGAUCGCGAAGGGGAGGAAAAAAAGCCCUCUUGUAUUGCCCGCUGAUAAAGUUCAUCCUUUGAUCAAGGAUAUUCUUUGUUACAAAGUGGACUAUCAGGUCUCCCUAUACAUUGUUGCUGUUAUGGAGUACAUCUCUGCUGACAUUAUAAAGCUUGCUGGUAACUAUGUCAAGAAUAUAAGACACAUGGAGAUCACAUGCCAGGAUAUCAAAGUUGCACUCUUUGCUGACAAGGUUCUGAUGGACAUGUUCCACCCUGACGAUAUGGAGGCAUCUCUAGAAGAAGAGUCCAGUGGUAUUGAUGAGAUGCUAACCUAUGAGGAAGUUGUGAGGGAGAUGAUGGUGGCAGAGUACAAGUACAAUAGAGAUCUCAACAUGAUCAUCAAGGUGUUCAGAGCUCCAUUUAUUGAGGCAAAGCACCUCUUCUCACAAGAGGAUAUUGAUAAGAUCUUCAGUAAUAUAACAGAGGUGUAUGACUUUGCUGUGAUGUUCACUGGACUUCUGGAUGCUGCCUUGGAAACAGCCGAGGAAGGGAAGCCCCCUAACAUUGGAGAGUGCUUUGAGGAAAUGGCAGAGGCUGCUGAGUUUGAAGUCUAUGAGCAGUUUGCCCAGGAACAGACAGCUCUCGCCAGCAAGCUGUAUCGGCAUCUUGGCAUCGGUGGCAAGCUGUAUGAACUCUUGGCCAGACCUAACGUAGCAGAGUACUUUAGGAGUAAAAGACCAAAGUUUAAGGAGACAGUGCAAUAUUGUCUGCCUAAGCUACUAAUGACGCCAAUCUACCACUGCAUGCAUUACUUUGAUGUUCUUAAGUUGCUACUCAAAACCUCACCGGACCCAGACGACUUGGAGAGCCUAGAACAGGCGGAGAGUGCCCUUGGCCCUCUACAGGCAACAAUAGAAAGGAUUAUCUCUUCCGGUGCACUUGGAAAGCGAAAAGAGGACAAGUUUAGCAAGGCCCAGAAAAGAAAGUCUGGCGUGCUAAAGUCUGCGGCCGCAAUAAUGAACGAUCUACAAAGAAAUAUUGAAGGAUGGGAGGGCAAAGACAUUUCUCAAACCUGCACUGAGGUUUUAAAAGAGGGUCUCAUAGGAAAACUGCACCCAAACAAAAAGAAUACCGAAAGAUUCCUGUUUUUAUUAGACGGACUUUUAAUAUGCUGCAAGCAGAACACUAGACACUCCUUAUCGGGACAAGCUAAUCCGGAGUACAGAUUAAAAGAGAAAUAUUUUCUGAGAAAAGCCGAAAUUAACGAUCUGGAAGACACUGAGGACGUAAAGAAUGCUUUUGAAGUAGUCCAAGUUGACCAACCCAAGUCCCUUUUCGUUUGCAAAAACGAAGCGGAAAAAAACGAAUGGAUGGCGAUGCUGAUGACACUUUACAUGAGAAGCACGAUGGACCGCCUGCUAGAUCAUAUCUUGAUGGAGGAGGAAAAAGCGAUUCCGUUACGAAUCCCGUCUCCUGAAGAAUACUGCUUUGCGAUCGAAGACGCAGAUGACAACAUUGUGUUUGAGGACGGACAGGAGAAAAGCGUGGCACCUGUGAUCAAAGGAGGAACGCUGGUCAAGUUGAUAGAGCGGUUAACGCACCACAAGUAUGCCGACCCAACGUUUGUUCGUACGUUUUUAACGACGUACAGGUCAUUCUGCAAACCCAGAGAACUUCUAGAUCUGCUCAUCAAGAGGUUCAAAAUCCCGGAACCCCCGCCCAGCGAGGAAGACAACCUCGCGAUGGAGAGAGGCAAGACUGUGCUGCGAGAAGACCUGAAGAGAUUCAGAAAGGAGUAUGCUCAGCCAGUCCAGCUUAGGGUUCUAAACGGCAUCCGUCACUGGGUGGAUAACCAUUUCUACGACUUCGAGCGUGACGCGCAACUACUCAAAAAGCUGCAGGUCUUCCUUGAAGAAGUAAACGGCAAAGCGAUGCGUCGCUGGGUGGAGUCUAUCAACAAAGUCAUCGAGAGGAAGACAUCUUGGGAUACUGGUAGCAUGGCCCCUGAAAUAACGUUCGAGAGAGACCCCCCUCAAGUUGAAUGGCAUCUUGCGAAAGACAUCGAGAAGUUUGAUAUCCUGACGCUCCACCCCAUCGAGAUCGCACGCCAACUGACCUUGCUGGAGUCAGAGCUCUACAGGGCCGUGCGUCCUUCAGAGCUUGUCGGCAGUGUUUGGACGAAGGAGGACAUCAAGCACUUGACUUCCCCAAACCUUCUGAAGAUGAUCCACCACACCAACAAGAUCACCGUCUGGUUUGAGAAAAGCAUUGUGGAGAUGUCAAACUUGGAAGAGCGGGUGGCGGUGCUUACGAGAAUCAUAGAUAUACUCACUGUUUUCCAAGAGCUGAAUAAUUUCAAUGGCAUCCUAGAAGUAGUAAGCGCACUAAAUUCCGCGCCAAUCUUUAGAUUGCAGCACACGUUUGCGGAAUUAACUGGCAGAAGAGCCCAGGUCUUGGAAGAAGCGAAAGAGUUGAGCAGUGAUCAUUACAAGAAGUACAUCGAGAAGCUCCGCUCAAUCAAUCCGCCAUGUGUACCAUUCUUUGGAAUGUACCUCACAAAUAUUCUCAAAACGGAAGAAGGGAACCCUGAUUUUCUUCCCAACUGCCCCGAAGGCAUCAUUAACUUCAGCAAAAGGCGAAAGGUAGCAGAAAUCACGGGUGAAAUACAACAGUACCAGAACCAGCCGUAUUGUCUCAGAGUCGAAGACUCCAUUAGGGAAUACCUGGAAAAUCUGGACCCGUUCAAUGGACGCGAUGACAAAGAAAUGGAGGAUUAUUUGUACCGGAGCUCUUUAGAAAUCGAGCCGAGAAAUUGUGAAAAGCUCCCAAAAUUUACGAGAAAGACGGAGAUGAACCUCAAGUCUCCUGGCACCAAACCAGGCUUCCAAGGAUCACGCCUCUCCAUUAGUUCCCAACCCUCGCUCAGGCGGACUAUGUCACAGGCCUCCGCAAUAUUUCAGUCUGACUUCGAGGUGUUCUCGCCGACAUCUUCGACGUUCCACGCAAGUCUACCGCGAACUCCGUUGUCGGCGUCGACGUUUAUACCCAGCGAGACUACUCCACAAAUCCCCGAGUCCCCUACGGACGCGGACGAUAACGAGCCAGAUUACGUUAACAUUGAGAACUUUCCCGAGGGGGAAGAGUCACCACCUCCCGUCCCCCCACCGCCGAGUUUACCCCCAAGACCAGGAAAACAGAGGGCGACUUCGGUGACUUCAGCCCACGAGGAGCGAGCGCCGCCUGCUCACUUGGUCCAACGAAUGAAUUCAAUGCCAUUGAUAAGUACGGGUUUCAAAAUGGAGAACGAUCAGUUACCAGGACUUCCUCCAAAACCAGACAGACCGCUCUCACUACAAAGAGACGCUAAUGCCCCACCACUACCCCCCAGGCACCCCCUAAGGGUAUCGCCAACUACACCCCCACCCCUCCCCCCACGGUCAUCUCACCCAAGUAUUGAACUUAAACCGAGUAUACCCCUCCCCCCUCGGUUUGCAAAUGUCAAUGAUGUGAAGUCGAGUGCGCCUAAGAAUGGGCCUGAGGAAUGUGCACCGCCGGCUUUGCCGCCUGCUUUACCGCCUAAAACGCGUAAAUCCUGAUGCUGUACGCGAUAAUUUGGUAUUCAUUUUGGCGGGAAUAUUUUCGUCACGCAUUCCUCAAUCACUUGAAUGUCUCCGUCUAGGAAGUAGAGUGGUUUUCAUUAACCCGUGGAGCAAAGUGUGAUAGUCAAAGUGUUAUAGCAAGUUAAACACAAAAGAGAACAAUGGAAUUAGAUAACAAUAAAGUGUAAUAUGCUAAAAUGUGGUUCACGGGCUAAUGAAAAUCACUAUUACUAUAACGCUAGUUUAGUUAUCGAAGUAAAAUUUGAAUAUUUCAAAAUAAUAUUUUUAAGUGGUGUGCCUAAGAGAGCCACAUCUUUCUCUAAUCAAUAUUUUUUUAUCGAAUGCUUUCUUAAAAUAAUUAAAUUCUGUAUAUUUUUAUACUUUCACGAGGGCCUUGCCACAACUGUCGACUAGGGUAAAAGUAGGCUUGUUUAGUAGGAUUUAUCGUUAUAAUCUCAUGCCGGGAAAUGCCCGAGACAGUUAGACGGAUGUUAUAUCUUGUUAAACAGGUUUUUUUUAGUGAUAUUCUACACUUUUUCCACCUAAUGGCUACUUCCCAAUUAGGGAAACAGUUAUACAUCUAUUUCAAAUGAGGUCGCACUCGGAAAAUUCGUCUUGUUAAUGAAAAAACGCCCCCAAAAUUUGAUUCUCAAACGAGACAAAGAUUCUGGUGCCAGUUCCUAGAAAGCAGCUUAGCGCUAACCACAGAUAAAUACCAGUGGCCUAGCCCCCCCCCCCCCCCCCCCCUAGCAGCCAAAAAUACAGUAUAUCUAAAAUACAGAAGAAAAUGCCUUGAAAGUCCCUUUUUUGGGCCCCCUCCUAUUAAAAAACCUGGCUACGCCGCUGUAUACCGGCUAUCUUGACAUUUGAUUGGAUAAAAGGGGCAUUCAUUCCUGGGUUAGCGUUAACCCCGCACGGGCAGGGAGCGCUUUGUGACUCCAAACGCUGGGGGCUGUGAAGGAGACUAGCGAUAACCUGCUUUCUAGAAACCCGGCCCAGGAGGUCGUGAAACAACUAUUUUGGCUGUAACAUCAAAAAUACAAGCAAUCGUUCUCUGGCUAUUCAAAACAGCGUGGCAUGGAUUAUGCACUGUGUCGAUCUCUAGCAAAAAUAAAACAUUCGUGUGCAGAUAAACAAUAGUCGACUUUGUAAGUAAAUGCAAAUAUGCAAAUGUCAGAGGAAACAUUCCUUAGGUAGAAUAAGUAAAACAUAAAUAAAAUAAAUUUUGACAAA